AUGGUAAUUCCUAACAACAAUAACUUCACCACCUUCUUUUUCACAUUGAUGGAUCUUCCAGGACUGGAGACUGCUCAUUGCUGGACAGCUAUUCCUAUCUGCUUGAUCUAUUCUUUUUCUGUGUUGGGCAAUGUUACCAUAAUGUACAUUAUCAAGUUCACACCCAGCCUCCACUCACCCAUGUACCUCUUCCUCUCUAUGCUCUCAAUGGCUGAUCUGGGCCUCUCAGCUUCUACCCUACCUUCAAUGGUAGCUGUCUUUCUCCUGGACCAGCGGAAGAUGGGAGCUGCAGCCUGCUUUACACAACUUUUCUUCAUUCACACUUUCUCAGUCAUUGAAUCAGGUGUUCUGUUGGCCAUGGCUUUUGACCACUGUGUGGCGCUCCAAGAGCCCUUGCGCUAUGCCACCAUUCUCACAACCAAGAGCACUGGGGCAAUUGGGCUGGCCAUCUUGUCUCGAAGUGCUGUCCUCCACUUGCCCUUGCCUGUGCUCCUUGGAAGACUGCAAUUUCAGCCUACAAAUGCUCUGUCUCAUUCUUACUGUGUUCAUCCCGAUGUUCUAAGGCUGACUAGUUCCCGGACUCUUGUAAACAGUGGCUUUGGGCUCUUUGUCAUGCUUUCCACACUGGGGAUGGAUGCUGUGCUCAUUCUUGUCUCCUAUGUGCUGAUCUUGAAGAUAGUGCUGAGCAUUGCUUCCAAUGCUGAGCGGCUCAAAGCAUUCAACACUUGUAUUUCUCACAUCUGUGCGGUACUACUUUUUUAUACCCCACUAGUUAGCCUGUCCAUAAUCCAUCGUUUUGGGAAAAAGAAGCUACCAGCUCAGGUAUACAUGCUUCUCUCCUAUCUGCACUUUCUUGUGCCUCCAAUUCUCAAUCCAAUUGUCUACAGUGUCAAAACUAAAGAGAUUCGGAUAUGGAUUCUAAAGAUGCUCCACCCCAAAAAGCUCUGA